AUGCGCUGGCCGAGCGCCGAGCAGACUGAGAAAGACGCGCGAGGCGACUUGCGGACAACGCUCACCUCGCGCACUCGACCGCCUGUCUCUCACGGCUUCUGCAUCAUCUCGCUUACAGGUCUGCAUGGACAGACGGGGGGCGCCUAUCAGGCGCGUAGACGACGUCGGGAUGGACGGUCAGUGAAGGCGCCUGGCGGACGCAGUACAGCUCGACCCUGCGUACGAAAUAUAGGUCGCGCUUGCUCGCGGUGUGGGAGAGCGUGUUGGACCAAAGAGCAAAGGGAAGCGCCCACUGGCGUCUUACUUGUGGCGCUGCACGGCAGGGCAUUGAAUAUCUUGAAUAAACAUGUGUCUAUUCAAGGGUUCGUGCAAACGCUCAAAGAGGCCGGUGCGCGGUGGUGGGCGUAUCGAUGCUCGAUACUGACGAUCUGA